AGUCAUGUGGAGCCCAGAAUAGCUCCUGCUGAAGCCCAGUGAGUGGCCAGCUCAGGCUCAGAGACGCUGAGGACCCAGAGACGCUGGCCCGUCCCCCUCCUCCUCCUCUUGGGCUCCCGCCUCCCCUCCCCCAACACCCCCUGCACGCUUACACCCUGCCCUCAUGAGCUGGUCCCCGGAAGAGUGCAGGGGGCAGGACGAGCCCCCUGGUGACAGACACGCCCUCUGUGCCAGGCUGGUGGAGAAGCCCCACGGAGGGUCCCCAGAGUCUGGCCCAGGGCCCAUUGUCACCCGCACGGCCUCGGGACCUGCCCUGGCCUUCUGGCAGGCAGUGCUGGCCGGGGACGUGGGUUCCGUCUCCCGCAUCCUGGCCGACUCCAGCAACGGCCUGGCUCCGGAUUCCAUCUUUGAUACCAGCGACCCAGAGCGAUGGAGAGAUUUCCGCUUCAACAUCCGCGCUCUGAGACUCUGGUCGCUGACCUACGAAGAGGAGCUGACCACCCCCCUGCACGUGGCGGCCAGCCGGGGCCACGUGGAAAUCCUGCGGCUGCUGCUGAGGCGGCGGGCGAGGCCCGACAGUGCCCCCGGGGGCCGGACCGCCCUGCAUGAGGCCUGUGCCGCGGGCCACGCUGCCUGCGUCCACGUGCUGCUGGUGGCGGGAGCCGACCCCAAUAUCCCUGACCAGGACGGGAGGCGCCCCUUGCACCUCUGCGGGGGGGCUGGCAGCCUCGAGUGCGCCGAUCUGCUCCUGAGAUUUGGGGCGAAAGUGGAUGGUCGGUCGGAGGAGAAGGAGGAGACCCCUCUGCAUGUGGCCGCCCGGCUGGGCCACGUGGAGCUGGCGGACCUCCUCCUGAGACGCGGGGCCUGCCCCGAUGCCCGCGAUGCCGAAGGCUGGACCCCGCUGCUGGCCGCCUGUGACGCCCGUUGCAUGUCCCCCGCCGACGCCGAGGCCACCACGGCCCGCUGUCUCCAGCUGUGCCGCCUGCUCCUCUCCGCCGGGGCCGACGCCGACGCCGCCGACCAGGACAUGCAACGGCCCCUGCACUUGGCCUGUCGCCGCGGCCACGCGGACGUCGUGGAGCUGCUCCUGGCCCGCGGCGUCGGCGCCAACGCCAUGGACUACGGGGGACACACGGCCCUGCACUGCGCGCUGCAGGGCCCCGCCGCGACCCUGGCCCAGAGCCCGGAGCGCACGGUGCGCGCGCUGCUCAACCACGGUGCCGUCCGCGUGUGGCCAGGGGCUCUCCCCAAGGUGCUGGAGCGCUGGUGCAUGUCCCCGCGGACCAUUGAGGUCCUGAUGAACACCUACAGUGUCGUGAAGCUUCCUGAGGACGCCGUGGGCCUGGUGCCUCCUGAAACUCUGCAGAAGCACCGUCGUUUCUACUCCUCCCUCUUCGCCCUGGUGAGGCAGCCCAGAUCGCUGCAGCAUCUGAGCCGCUGUGCGCUCCGUGCCCACCUGGCGGCCUGCCUGCCCCACGCCCUGCCUCGCCUGCCCCUGCCGCCCCGCCUGCUCCGCUACCUGCAGCUGGAUUUCGAGGAUGUGCUCUACUAGGUGAGCCCAAGGCUCUGCGGACCGCCCCAAUCGCUGGGGGCCAGAGGGGGCGGAAGUGGGAAGUGGGCGCAGGCGAAGAAAUCAGGAAGCAGUUUGGGGCAGGCACGGAUUCCGCUCACGGCUUGGGGCCUCCCCCGCCACCGUCCUGGGGAGCCCCGUCUUAUCUCAGCGUGGGACCUGGGCAGAAUGCCCCUUAUUCCAUUCAUUGGUUCAGCAGGGGUUUGAGGGCCUCCGGUGGGCAGGACACCGGCCACACAAAGGCCUGGCUCUCCCGUCCCCACUAGAAAGUUCACUCCAAAGGUGACAGAGACUGAGCAAACAGACGGGAAAGUUUCAGAGUGAUAAGACCUCUGCAGACGGUUUCAUUGGUGAUUGUCCAAGAGCGGAUCAGCCGCUGAGCGCAGGUGACAUGGACACCUCCUCUUUGAGUAGGUGACAUUUAAUCUGAUGCCUGAGUGACAAGGAGGAGCCAGCCACGUGAGUGGAGUGAGGGAGAGAGGGAAGUGACAUGAACUGAUGUGUAUUUUGAAAGAUGGCUCUGGCUGCUGAGUGGCUUGGGCGAGGGGAGAGGUAGGGAGGAAGGGUGAGAGACCAGUUCAGAGGCUAUUUCAGGAGCCCUGGCAGAGAUGGAAAAGCAGUGGAUGAGACUUGGGAUCCUUUCUGGAGACUCCAUGGAACUUGUUGAUGGAGUAGAAAUGGAAGGCUUAAGGAAAACAGUCCAGGAUGACUCCUCCACCUUUUUUUUUUUUUUUUUUUUGGCAGAGCAACACUGGAUGGAGGGUGGGACUAAUUUGCUAAGGUGGGAAAGAUAAGAAAGGGGCAGAUGGCGGGGGAGUCAGAAAGUCUGUUUGGGAGAUGUUGAGUUUGAACUGCCUCUUACAGAUAGCAAAGAAGCUGUGUGACAUGGUCAUUUAAAUCUAUGAAUUUGGAAUCCAAGGAUGAGGACAGGCCUAAGAAUAUAAAUAGGGGGGAAUGCAUGUGUUUGCAUGUGAAAAAUAUUUAAAGCUCUGUCCCAAGAGAAUCUUGACUCUCAUGGGGAUGACUUUUCUGAGAAAGUCCUGUAUAUGCAUUUUGAUGGAAAUUCUAGUUCAUUUGCAUCCACGUCAUUCAUUUUGUGCUUCCUGAGUCCCAGGUUUUAGGCACUAGAUACAGGGCUGUGAAUGAGACCUGCUCCUACCCUAGUCUGAGAAUUUUCCAUCUAGUCUGAGAAACAAGCGUGUGAAUACCGAGUUCAGAUACAAAGGGCAAUGUAGUGAAUGCAAAAGACUUGUGGGAGCAGGAUUUGAGGGUCUGAAGGAGGAAGGAGAGCAGGAGCAGCAGGGGGUCCUGGGAAGACUUCACAGAAAUUGGAGUGCCUCCCCAAAAGUGGUAAGAAAGGGGGAGGAUUUCUGGCCAUAUCUGGAGAGCACUGGUUCAUGCAGGAGGCCUUUUAAGAAGGUAGGGCAUAAGGGAAGAAAGGCGAUGUGGAGUGGUCAAUUCAGGAGGCUGCUGGCCAGCUUCGCACGUUCUCCCCUUAGCAGGGCAGUGUUAGGAAGGUCCUUUCUGGGGUUAGACAUCCAGACACUUCUUGCAAGCCAGGGAGCUUCCUCCUCAGCCUCCUGGCUGCGGGUCCCGCGGGCCCAGAACCUCUCCCCGGUAAUUGCUUUCCGUAAUGUGUUUGCUCCAAACCAAUUUCACGCCUCCGUGAGGACUCCGCCCUGCACUGGAGCGCGGACCUCCCCACCACCAACCUACCCGCGUGUAUCACGUGCGCGGCACACAAUCGGCACACAUUUAACCCAACGAUAUGCAGAGUUCAAGUACCUGGAUACAGCCAACAUACAUGAAACUACCCGAGUGUAUGCUAGGCUUUAAGACCCUCGUGUACAACAGUCCCCCGCCCCUCCCGCCCCAAUCGAUGCACUCACAGUGAAGGCACCUGCAGCGCCCAGCGCGCUGGCCCUUGGACGGCUCACCUGGUGCGGUUCCUUUGCUCUCCGCGUGUCUCCCGGACUAACGCCAGGGGGCGCUGCAGCACUCCGCGCCUCUUUCGCGGUGACGCAGUUGCGCGCUGCUGCCACCAGAGGGUAUCCGCGGACAGAGCCCGAAACUCCCCACCGUCAGUGGACACUCGCCUGCCAAUGAGGGAGGCGAAGGUGUAUUUGGAUUUGACUUGAGUACUUCGUUUGUUUUUUUGUUUUUUUUUUUUUUCUGAGUGCUGGUUCCCAGUCCGUGAACGGGUGGCCAGACGAGGAGGUCGACACAGGCACACGCAGAGAGGGUAGAUUCAAAAUAAAAUUCUUCCGUAGAGAAUUUCCCCAAUUGGUGAGUAGUUAGAUGGGACAAGUCAGCACGUGGGCAGGCAAAGAAGCAUUUUUAGCAUUCCAUUUUAGACGAUGAGAGGAGGUGCUUACUUAUACGGGCCUGUCCAGGGAUUCAAUAGGAGAACCAGAGAGUUUUCUUCUCAGUAAAGAAAGGAGGCGGCUCCCUUCAGGUUUGAGAGUGACAGCUUCUGUCCUUGGUACUGAUGGGAGAGUUAGAAGCUGUGUUUGGAGAGCCACUGAUAGGAAGAACGUCCAUAAUCGACCACUCUGCUUUCCUUUGUCCAGUUAGUGAAGGAAGAACUCAUUUUGAAGGGUAUUUCCUUAUAUUCAUGUGAUUGUUGCAGGAGCUUUCUGACAAGACAGGGUGUAUGCUCAGUCGCUCAGUUGUGUCUGACUCUUUCAACCCUUUGGACUGUAGCUCACCAGGUUCCUCUGUCCAUGGGAUUAUCCUGGCAAGAAUACUGGGGUGGGUUGCCAUUUCCUCCUCUAGGGGAUCUUCCCCACCCAGGGACUGAAUACGCCUCUCCUGCAUCUCGUGCAUUGCAGGCGGGUUCUUUACCACUUUGCCACCUGAGAAACUCAGAGUAGAUAUUAAUUGCUCUCGCUCAUGGGUGGAGAAGUUAAGUCAAAAGGGGGCCAAGAUCACAUGGCCCAGAGAGGAGUCAGAACAGAAACUUAAUUUUAGGGUUGUUGUUGUUUUUUAAUCCAACCAGUGCUCUUUUCCAUUUACCAUGCAGCCUCAGUUCCACAGUCCAUGAAAGGGCAGGAAAAGGAAAUGGGCUGCUUCAGUUGCCACUAUGUAUGUGAGGGUUUUAUACUAAUUCAGCUACUGAAUGUCAAGGACUGUGCAGAAGUCACACUUCAUGACCCCAGCAUGGCAAGGGAACAGAUUGAGGAUAAAAAUGGAUUAACAAAUACAGUAUCUCACAAACACACACCACACCAGAGCCAUACAAAGCCCCGGAGGUCUCACGCGCCUUAUUUCAGAGUUGGUGGCCCACUGGGACUUAUUGGCAACAAGCUUUAAGCCUUUACACUCUGUGACAGCUUGAGCUGAGAAUUCCACUUUACAGAGUGUAGUUCUGGGCAGUGCGUUCUUGGCUUGAACCAGAUGAUCAACCUGUUCAAGAUCAGAGGGUCUUUAACCUUGAAUCCUUGACAACACAUGAUCCAUUUCAUCCCAUCAAAAAGUGACAGACUUAUUAAAGUGGCCCUUUACUGGGGGAACUAGUUGGGGGGGGGCUAGUCAGGGAGGAGAUUUCAAUAUAUAUACACUUUUGACCUUUUGGAAUUUUGUGUUCGGUGGUUUUCUUACAUAUGCAAAAGGUGAAUGUAGUUACUUUAAAAAAAAAAAAGGCUCUUCCUUCAUGCUGUAUUUGAUUGGUGGUGUUAAUACUCAUACAGCUUUAAUUUCAGUGAUUGUAGCCCCAAAGUUGCCUUGGUAAUUUUUCAAGUCAAUAAGCCUCUAUUAUCUACCCAACACUGUAAAGUCAUCAUCCCAAGUACUGACCUCUCACUUUUUAAUACAUUUUUGAAGUCUGGUCUUCCACAUGGGUACCAUGCAGUACUUGGUUAAUUUUACACAGGGUUCAGAAUACCUUUAGGAGGAUGGACAAGGAUUAUCCUUGUACUUUAGUAGUGACUGGUGUUCGCAGACUUGAGUUAAGGCACCUCUUCUUCCUCCAUAUCGACAUGUCCCUCCAGACUGGAUCUCUUCGAAGUUUCAAGACAGAGCCUGAGACAGAUCAGGACCAUGUGGAAACCACACCCUUCUCCCUCGGCCUCUCAUGCACUGCCAGUCAAGCAUAAUGAAAGCAAGUCCCACCCUCUCUGUCCCUCUUUGGUGACAGUGUCUUUCAGGGUGCUGACUUGAAUACAUCAGCCUGACAUGAGCCAACACGACACUCCCAAUGUGAAUAAAGUUCCCCGAGAUCCAGAGUUCCCACCUGCCUUGCCUUCUGUCCAAACGCUGAGACUCCAGCGUGAGUUAUCCUCCUCACCAGAACCAGAUAACUUUCUUCCAUUUAGACUACAUCUUCCUAAACUCGCCUGCUUCUGCUACUGUGAAUUUCAGCUUGCUUGGCUCUCCUUGGCCCCACCUGAAUAACAGUGAGCAGACGACCUUCAUUUAGUUAGCCAGGGUUGCUUUCCGUCCUGAGGCUCGGGUCACUUUUCUUCUGGUAACUUUCCUAACUUAAAGUCUUUCUUGCCCACUGACCUGAGGCUGCUAUCCAGCAGCAGAGCCCCGUGACUUUUGCCUCUAGAUUGACGAGUCUACUUCUGGAAAUCAGGAGGAAGUGGGGGAGGGUAAAAGGCGCGCCAUUCCCGUGUCUGAGAAGGGGGGAGGUGAGCAGAGUCAUCUGCAAUUAGCGGAUAAUUAGCGCCGCUGACCCUUGGGGCUCAUCAGCGCUCCCGGGGCCAGCCCCCAGCAAUCAGCCAGGGCAGGUCGAGAGUGUCAGGCCCGGGAAUGAAUAGGGCUCAUCAGCGGCGCGGGAGUCGGGGAGCCAAUCAGGAAAAUUAAUAGCGGAAGAGAGGGAGAGCGAGCGAGGGAGGGAAACCCGGACAGACAGACAGACAGACAGACAAGAGAGAUCGAUGUAGGCGAGAAAUGAGGUGGCAAAUAGAAAAAGGCGGAUGGGAUAGGGAGGGAGAAACAGGAGCCAUCAAAUAGGAAUUGGGAUAGAAAGGAGGGCGGGAAAGGAGACUGCGGGAGGGAGGGAAAGGACGAAAAGGAUGGGAAAGAUGGAGGGAGCAGGGCGAGAGGAACGGUGAGUACUUGGUACAGUGUGGGCACUGGAGGAAAUCGCCCACGGAGGCCAGGGUGAGGGACCCGGGGAGUCCGCGACGGAGGGGGAGUGAGGAGGAGCCAGGGACAAGGGGGACCGCCGGGGGCGAGGGUGAACCGGGUCUCCCGAGGACGAAAAGGACCCCCCCCUCCCCACCCACGACACACCGAGAUGAGCUGUCCAGAGUCGCGGGACCGCGGAGGAGCGCGCCCCCUGCCGUCCGCGCCUCGCCGCCCGAGGGGGCGCCCGCCUCGUGGUCCGCCCGGGGGACCCGGGAGGGGGCGUCGGGGGGCAGGCUGCAGGCCACGCUGCGGGACUGGCCCUGAAUCCGACGGAGGGCGGCGGCCCGGGCCGGGGCAGGGGCGGGGGGCGCUCCGAUCGCGCGCCCGCCCCCACGCCCUCGCCGCGCCCGCCGCCCCGAGCUCG